GGUAAUGUAAGUAUAUCCACUUUGUAUAUUCAAACUCGAAUAACCGAAUCAAAAUCAACAAAUGGAGACGACGAGGAAUCUCUCUUCAAUUGCCGACGACGUUCUUCAGCGAUGUGCCUUGAGGUUAGAGACGCCUGUGAACGAAUUGAUCAAAGAAUUUGAGGGUGGAUGGAAGGGGGAGAAGGCAGAAUACCCGAGGAAAUUAGUGGAACACGUCUCCUCGAAAGCGCUCUAUGAAAUAUGCAAGGACGUCGAACAAGCAAUUAGGGAAGGAACCUUCAGUAAGUUGACCUUCGAUAUGAUGCUCGCUUGGGAGACACCUACCACCGCCGAUGAAGAAUCUCGUACGGAAUGUGUGGCCAAGGAGAAAGAAGAGAGGAAGAAACCAGCAAAUGAAAAGCCGCCUAACAAACACGAUGAAGUUCCUCUGUUCUAUUCAGACAUCAUGCCACUUCUUGUUAAUGAUAAGCCGAGUGUCGGAGAACGCGCAUUCGUGUGGUUGGGAUUAUUAGUGCCUUUGGUGGCUGAUUACAUUAAUGGGAGGUUUACUUUUGAGACCCUAACAGCAUCUACAGAUAACCGUCUUCACUUUCCUGCUUACAACAAAUUCCUUCAAGAAAUUGACAAAUGUGUAAAACAUUUGCAAAAGCAAGCAACACCUAGGAACGUGGAGAUGGCAGAUGAUGAGUUCAUUCUGCAUGUUGAGGGAACUGCAAGUUCACAGAGAGUAAUACGCCAUAUCGGGAAACAAAGUUGGCCUGGUAGGCUGACGUUAACCAAUUAUGCACUCUACUUUGAGGCCUCGGGAUCAAUGUCAUAUGAAAAUGCAUUCAAGCUUGACCUGUCAAAGGACAUCGAUCAGUCAAUAAAACCAGCAGCCACAGGCCCCUUCGGUGCUCCUCUUUUCGACAAAGCCAUUAUUUAUGAGUCCGCUGAGCUGGAAGAGGGCUUCCACAUUGAGUUCCCAGAACUGACUAGCUCCACGAGACGUGACCAUUGGCUUGCUCUUGUGAAGGAGAUUAUGCUAUUACAUAAGUUCUUAGCGAAGUUCAAGGUGGAAUCUCCUCUACAAGCAUGGGAGAUACAUGCAAGGACCAUAUUAGGGAUAAUAAGGCUCCAUGCAGCCCGAGAAAUGCUCAGGAUAUCUCCACCUCAUCCGAAAAGUUUCCUAAUUUUUGCCUUGUUUGACGAGUUGCCUACAGGAAACAAUGUGCUAGACGAACUUGCUGAGAGCUUAAAAUCAGUGAAAAGUGGACACCCUUGCAGUGGUAGCUCGAUAUUACGGAACUUGAAUGUCUCGCAGGGUUGUAUCCCUUGUGCAGAGUCAGAAGUAGGAACUGAACAAUCUGAAAAUGCAAGUAAUCAACCUGCAAAUCUAUCGUCCUUGGAGACAGCUGUUGAACAAGUUAGAGAGGAAGCAAAAGAAAUCAAUACUGCCAAAGCUACUGCGGAUGAGCUGAAAGAGGAUGGGAUUGGUGAUAGUGCUCUUGUAUUGAUGGAGCUCGUUGAGCCAUUAAAAAGUGCAUUGCCAUGGUUUCAAGAGGUUAUCAAGUGGGAAAGACCUGCAACCACCAUUAUAGUGAUUGGCUUUUCGCUACUGGUUGUCUACAAAGAGUGGGUUGGCCAGGCCAUAGCAGCAUUCUUAAUGUGUAUGGCUUCAAAACUGAUUUGGGCAAGACAAAAGAAAGUAGGCAAGCGAACCAAGUUUGUUGUUUGCACUUCUUCGGAUCAGACAAUGAUGGAUAGUAUAGUGGCAGCACAACAUGGAAUUAACACUGUAUACAACAUUCUGCAGCUGCUCAACAUUUCACUACUAAAAAUAUGGUCAAUAUGGCUUGCCAAUGCACCCAGGCACACAGACGCGGUGAUCACUGCCAUGAUUUUAAGUGCAGUCGUAUUAGCAGUCAUCCCUCUGAAAUAUAUGAUCAUGGGAGUCGUGUUAUCGACGUUUGCAAUGACGUUGAUAUCGGGAGACAGCAAGGACAAGAAAAAUAAGAUGGGGAACCGGCGAUUGGAAGGAUGGUGGGACUCUAUCCCAGUUAUCCCGGUUGAAGUUGUCCAAAUGCCGAAAGACGAUUCAGGCCAGAAAAAUGAGUAAUAUUCUUCUCUUCUACUUUUUCAUAAUAAGUUGGAGUUAUAUUAGUAGACAUAGGAGAAACUCUUGACAAAAUCUUAUAGGCAUUUUUGGCAUAAAUUUGUUUGAAAGUUAGCUUUUUGUGUUGACCAUGUGGAUAAUUGAUGUGUGUCGAAUUUCCCAUGUAUUUUAUGAUCGAAUCCUCUACAAAAUACCCGUUUUUGUGGCUAA